GUUCUUUCUGACCAUUAUUUUUCCAGGUCUUUGCAUAUGGAUUCCUUAGAGCAAAGAAAGGGUGGCACUGAGAAACCAACCACUUCAGCAAUUGACAUGUAUAAACAACCAUUUAUCAUAGGUGUUGCUGGGGGAGCAGCAUCUGGCAAGACAGCAGUUUGUGAUAUGAUUAUUCAGCAGCUUCAUGAUCAAAGAGUUGUGCUUAUUAAUCAGGAUUCUUUUUACCAUAAUUUGACUGACGAGGAACUUUUAAGAGUACAAGAUUACAACUUUGACCACCCUGAAGCUUUUGAUACUGAGCAAUUGCUGCAUGUCAUGGACAAGUUGAAGUGUGGCCAAGCAGUAGAUAUUCCGAAGUAUGACUUUAAGGAUUACAAGAGUGAUGUGUUUCCAGCAAGAAGGGUAAACCCUGCAGAUGUUAUUAUUUUGGAAGGGAUCCUUAUUUUCCAUGAUCCACGUGUUCGGGCAUUGAUGAGUAUGAAGAUAUUUGUUGACACAGAUGAUGAUCUUCGUCUGGUAAGAAGGAUUAAGCGUGAUACUGCUGAGAAUGGUCGCGAAAUUGUAGCUGUGCUUGAUCAGUAUUCUAAAUUUGUGAAGCCGGCUUUUGAUGACUUUAUCUUUCCCACAAAGAAGUAUGCUGAUCUCAUUAUACCCCGUGGAGGAGAUAAUCAUGUGGCUAUUGAUUUGAUUGUACAGCAUAUCCGCACAAAACUUGGUCAGCAUGACCUGUGUAAAAUAUAUCGUAAUUUUUAUCUCAUUCAGUCUACUUUUCAGAUACGCAGUAUGCAUUCCCUGAUACGUGAUCAUCUGACAACAAAGCAUGACUUCAUAUUUUAUUCCGAUCGUUUGAUUCGUUUGGUUGUAGAAUAUGGACUAGGGCAUCUUCCAUUUACCGAAAAGCAAAUAAUCACUCCUAAUGGGUCCGUAUACAGUGGUGUGGAGUUUUCUAAGAAGUUAUGCGGUGUCUCCAUCAUCAGGAGUGGGGAGAGCAUGGAGAAUGCUUUAAGAGCAUGCUGCAGAGGCAUCAAGAUUGGGAAAAUUCUUAUUCAUAGAGAAGGUGAUAAUGGUCAACAGCUAAUAUAUGAGAAGUUGCCUAAAGAUAUCUCAGAGAGGCAUGUGCUACUUUUGGAUCCUAUCUUAGGCACAGGUAAUUCGGCUGUUCAAGCAAUUUCCUUACUUUUAAGCAAGGGUGUACCAGAGUCCAACAUUAUAUUUCUCAAUCUCGUAUCUGCACCUCUAGGUGUACAUGUGGUGUGCAAAAGAUUUCCAAGAGUAAAAAUCGUGACAUCUGAAAUUGAUAUUGGUUUGAAUGAAGAUUUCCGUGUCAUACCUGGCAUGGGAGAGUUUGGGGAUCGGUACUUUGGAACAGAUGAUGAUGACAAGCUGGUGGUGACCCUUUCAAAGUAUAAAAUGGUUGAAAUUUGA